UAUGAUUUUCCAUUUAUCAGUCGCGCGCAUGCACCCGAGACGCCGUCUUGUACUUGUUGUCGAUACUGAUUUCUCGCAUACAGAUUACUCACAGCUUUGACGCCAUACAGUGCUUUUCGAUCAUCGUAUACUGUGAAUUCUCCGCUUAUGAUAGCCUCGUCAUCUGGUCGUCAUUGCCGAUAGUGUUUAUGCUAGACGGCAGCAAGAAACAUCAGAUAGAAAACGAGCCCAGCUAUUAAUUUUUUCAAUAAGAAAUCUUGGAGAAAACAAUCGCAUAGGAUAUACCCUGACAAUACCAACUGUCGUUCAGUGAAAUAGACCAUAUCGGAGAGGAAAAAAGACAACAUUUUUUUACUUGAACUGCCGUAAAAAUUUAUGGUGGAAGAGGUGAGAUAUUGAAAAAAUGUGCAUAAAUUUCUAUGUAGUUUGAUGGCACACUUAUACAUGUAGAUCCCUAUUAAGUGCUAUUUGCACUAUUAUGGCUACAUUACGAAUGCUUCUAGAAAUGCCAGUCGACAAACUGCCAAAUCAGUUGAAGAAUGAGAAGAUCUCAGCCGGCAACAGACGGUCAAAAAAACCAAUAAAACGAGAUUUUUGCAAUAGUCCCAAAUUCCACAUUUAUUCUUUAAGGUCUUUACCUCUUACGGCGCAUCAUUUGAUCGAUAACGUCAAAACCAUAUUAUCUGGACAUACGAGUGUACCAUUCAACUUGGAAGUGAGCCAGAGUGAUCUGCAAUACAUGUUGCAAGCUUACAAUAAACCAUUGAUGGACGGUGGCCUGCCUAGGCGAAGUUGUACCAAGACGAAUUGCAUGAAGAAUUUUCUUGCGCUUUUGCAAGGUGCAGAACUGGCCAAACUACGAACGUACGUGCUAUCGUCGAUCUUCACAUUGUGCUAUUUUCUAAGAAAAUACCAUGAGAGUGAUGAACAACUGAAUGAUGCUUACAUGAGAAUUAAAAAUAAAAUAGCACCCUCGAGAAAACAAAUAUCUAGAAUCGCUAAACUCAUUGUGAAACCUGGGGAUAAAGUGAAUUUCGAACGAAUCAGGGGUGUUUGUCGAAAUAACUGCAUAGAACUGAGCCAACUUCUUAAUACUAAUCAGACAAUUUUCGACGAAGUGACCGAAGAGGACGAAGCUUGUAUGAAAUACUAUUUCAGAUGUUACGAGGUCGAGUCUGCAAUUGAACCGGAAGAUGAAUUUGUUGUAUUCAAAAACAAAGACGGUGCCCCACUGUACGUCCGUGGUCGUGAGCUGUUAACUUUAACAGAAUUUGAAGCUGGCGAAGCAACCAGACUUCAAUCAGAACAACACCAUGAAGAUGAUGGCAAAAAUCACGAUAGCGAAAAAGAAGUUACGGACGUGGGGGAUACCGAGUAUACAUUUGAAGUAAACAACAACGUAUAUAACGAGGAUUAUUUUAUAAACAGUAAUAAGGAUUAUAACGAUGGUUAUUUUGAAGAGAACUGUAUGGAAGACAACAAAGAUAAUUUUGAAGAUUUCUACAUCGAGAACGAUAAAGAUAAUUUUGACGAGAGACAUAUCGAGAAUAAGGGUAAUUUUAAAGAGAACGACUUCGGAAACGACAAGGAAGCGUAUAUUGAAGACAACAAAGUAGAAGUAUAUGUGAAUGAACCGGAAGUGGAGAUUGAAAUCGACGAAAAUAUGAUUCUAACGUCAGACCGAAUUCCAUUUCAAACAAGAUCUUCAAGCGCAUUGGAGAUCUCAAGUAUUACAAGCUACAAGUCGUUUGAUAAACAUUUCAACAACGAACGCCGUAGUGAUGUCAAAUUCGUUUUCGGCGACGGCAAAUGUAUCCAUGCUCACUCAAUUAUUUUGGAAAGCAAGAGUGACGCCUUCACGGAUUUAUUUUCAAAUGACGUGUCAGUUACAUCGCCUGGCAUCAUCAAUGUCAAAAACGUUGACUACGAAGUGAUGUACGAGGUGAUUCGAUUUAUCUACACGGACAAAGUACAAAAUCUUGAUAUUUUUGCAUCCCAGCUCUUAGAACCAGCAAAGACAUUUAUACUCGAGGAUUUGAAAGUAAUUUGCGAAGAUCAGCUUUGCAAGGAUAUGUCGAUCGACAACGUUAUUGAUUUGUUGAUGUUGGCGGAAGAUUACGAUCUUAGUGUUCUGAAGAAACAAGCAAAGCAGUUAGUGGCUGCAAACAUGAAGGAUAUUGUUAUUUUAGCCAAAUUUGAGAACCUGAUAAUUCAUCAUCCGAAAAUCGCUCUUGAUGUUGUCCGCUACAGCGCCGUUAAAUAAUAGCGAGGAAAGCAUGAAUAUAUGUCCAUUACUUGUGGUGAUGAGGUGGCGAGAGCGUCGAAGCCACCGAUGAGUUUUUGAUUGUCAACAAUACAAACAUAGAUAAAUACAAAUUUACCAAAAAGGAUCAACUCUCGAACAAGUUUAUAAGCAAAAUGAAUUGACUAAUAAAAGUAAUGGCUUCUUCAGCUACGGAACUCUAAACUGCAUUUAGACAACCAGACAGACCACAUAAGAGACUUCGUUUAUUCGCCGAAUGGCACAACCAGGAGAUCGUUAAUUUUGCAAAAUUCUACGAAAGAGAGUAACUCAGCAACGUAAAAUUUAUUAAAAGUUACGGUCGAACUAUCCACAUUCACAAGACUAUCCUUGUCAACAAGAAGUAUUCAUGGCAAUGUUCGACAAAUGCUCCGUGGAGCAGAUUGAAGCGAUCACGGUACACGGCAUCCACGAUGAGGUAUUCGAGAAGUUCCAAUACUUUACACCAACGGCAUUCCCAACUUACCCAAACAUGUCUGCAAGCUACUGAUUUGAAACUCGUCUGCGAGGCGGAUCUGCAAAUAAAGCUUGUCGGUUUCAAAUGUUGUCAAUGGUCUCGUCACUGCUUGCUCCUAUAAUUUAACUCGAUUUGAGAAACAAAUUAUUAAUUUUAUAGUCUCAUACAUAAAAGAUUUUGUGAAUGAGCCAACGUUCGAGUCAGUCACCUUCAUCAACAUCAAGUUCUUAUGGCAAUUUUGCGUUGUACUGCUGAGCAAAAUAAUCCAUAGGGAUUUUAUUUCUAUAGAGCACAUGUACUAUUCUUUGAUACGAUUAUGAUUUUCAAAACUAUGUCUUUCAAGUAAAUAAUUUUCAUUCCAAUGGUUGCUCUAUUCUAUACAAGUGAUAAGUAAAAUUAUUGUUGUAGAUAGAUGUUUGUAUUUAUUUAUUUAUCGAGCAACAGUAUAAAUUUAACCGAAUAAAAUAUGAUGAU